AUGGGCCCAGACUUGGUGAGUGCGUUUUAUAAUGCUGAGAAAACCCCAGUGUUGUUUAGUUUAUCCCAGCUUCUCAAUGGCAAGUCAAGAUUUACUUCUGAUCCAGUCAGCCCUGACUUGCAACAAAAUCAAGAAAAAAAUGGUAUUGAGGAGAAACGUGCGCCCUUUGAAGGGAAAGAAGAGCCCGAAGAGGAGAACCUUAAUGGGAUAAAAAGUAAUUUACCCGUAACUCUGAACACUCGAGACCGCGGGCUGCUAUAUUGGAUUACUCAGCUUGGGCCUUUCAAACUUCUGGUUAAUGUGCUUCACAGACUGCGUACCUUGUUCACGGUUCCUAGCUCCAUACAGAAUGUGGGUAUGACUGAUCAUUGUACAGUCUCGCCAGACAGGAGAUCACGUACUGCAAAGAAACGACUUGGGCGCUUCACACGUUUUCUACUGUCUGUUCUGCCAUAUAGGCUGCAGAACUCUUUAGGCUAUCCUGUGCCUAGCAGUAUGGGAAUGACAGAAGUACCAGAUGAUGUAAGACAGUCUCCUACAAAACCAUAUGGUAAAGGGAGCAAGAGAAAACAGGAUGAAACUGAAUCAUCAGAGGAAGAGGAGGAGCAGGAUAACCUAGUAGAAUUCAUAAAGGCUGAACUGCCUGAGGAGGAGGAAGAGGAUGAUCCAUUAUACGAGCCCAGUACCAGCAAGUCCAAUGUGGACAGUGAAGAAUUGUCAAAAAAUGAUACUGAGAGUGACAUUGAAGUUGAAGAAAAAGAUGGCAUUAUCCAGCUGAAGGAAAAUCCAACAACUGUACCAGAGCUGACCGAAGAUCCUACAACUGUAACAGAGAAUCCUGAAGGAACGAUGGAAAAUCAAUGAAGAAAAUUUGUUGUAAAUUGUGUAGUUAGUAAAAUGUUGUGCAAUUUUUUCACUGAAUGAAAUAAAAUGAGUAUCCCUGUG